GUGCCUGCCUCUCCCUGGCAGUGUCCGGGACUCCGUUGGUGUGAGGAGCUGUAGCUGACGCCACGGAGCCAGUCCAAGUCCGUUCAGAGCUUUGCCCAUCGAGGCCAUGGAGGUGGAAUCUGUGGAGGCCCGGUCCCCAGGCCCCGGCUACAAGCGCUCUGGCCGCCGCUACAAGUGCCUGUCCUGUACCAAGACAUUUCCAAAUGCACCCAGGGCAGCGCGCCACGCUGCCACACAUGGGCCUGGAGACUGCGCAGAGGAAGUGGCAGAGGUGAAACUGAAGCCAGAGACAGAAUCUAAAGCAGAGGAUGCCAGCGGGGACAAAGUAUCAGGUGCAGUGACUAAGCCUCGGCCUUAUGCAUGCCCAUUGUGCCCCAAGGCCUACAAAACAGCACCCGAGCUGCGCAGUCACGGGCGCAGCCACACGGGGGAAAAGCCCUUCCCCUGUCCGGAGUGCGGCCGCCGCUUCAUGCAGCCUGUGUGCCUGCGCGUGCACCUGGCCUCGCAUGCUGGCGAGCUGCCCUUCCGCUGCACGCACUGCCCCAAAGCCUAUGGCGCGCUCUCCAAGCUCAAGAUCCACCAACGCGGUCACACGGGCGAGCGGCCCUACACCUGCGCCGACUGUGGCAAGAGCUUUGCGGAUCCUUCUGUGUUCCGCAAGCACCGGCGCACACAUGCUGGCCUGCGGCCAUAUGGCUGUGAGCGCUGCGGCAAGGCCUAUGCCGAGCUCAAGGACCUGCGCAACCACGAACGGUCCCACACCGGUGAGCGCCCCUUCCUCUGCUCAGAAUGCGGGAAAAGCUUCUCCCGUUCAUCUUCGCUCACGUGCCACCAGCGCAUCCAUGCAGCACAGAAGCCCUAUCGCUGCCCGGCCUGUGGCAAGGGCUUCACACAGCUCAGCUCCUACCAGAGUCAUGAGCGCACUCACUCUGGCGAGAAGCCCUUUCUGUGCCCCCGCUGUGGCCGCAUGUUCUCUGACCCCUCAAGCUUCCGGCGCCAUCAACGGGCCCACGAGGGCGUGAAGCCUUACCGCUGCGAGAAGUGUGGCAAAGACUUCCGGCAGCCGGCGGACCUGGCCAUGCACCGGCGGGUGCACACGGGUGACCGGCCGUUCAAGUGCCUGCAGUGUGACAAGACGUUCGUGGCUUCCUGGGACCUCAAGCGGCACGCGCUGGUGCACUCAGGCCAGCGGCCCUUCCGCUGUGAAGAGUGCGGCCGAGCCUUCGCCGAGAGAGCCAGUCUCACUAAGCACAGCCGGGUGCACUCGGGGGAGCGCCCCUUCCACUGUAAUGCUUGUGGAAAGUCCUUUGUGGUAUCGUCAAGCCUGAGGAAACACGAGCGGACCCAUCGAAGUAGUGAGGCCACAGGGGCAGCCCCACAACAGGAGCUGGUAGUGGGCCUAGCACUGCCAGUCAGUGUGGCAGGCGAGGGCUCAAUGGCCCCAGCAGCAGGUACAGGGCUAGGGGACCCUCCAGCAGGGCUGCUAGGGCUGCCCCCGGAAUCAGGUGGUGUGAUGGCCACACAGUGGCAAGUGGUGGGCAUGACGGUAGAGCAUGUGGAGUGCCAAGAUGCUGGGGUUGGGGAGGCUCCUGGUCCCUUGGGGGGGACAGGCGAGGUGGGGAGUGAAGAGGUGGAAGAGAAGCCACCGCAGUUUGUGUGCCGGGAAUGCAAGGAGACAUUUUCCACGCUGACGUUGCUGCGACGGCAUGAGCGCUCACACCCAGAGCUCCGGCCCUUUCCCUGUACCCAGUGUGGCAAGAGCUUUUCAGACCGGGCUGGGCUACGCAAACACAGCCGCACACACAGCUCUGUGCGCCCCUAUACCUGCUCCCACUGCCCCAAGGCCUUCUUGAGUGCCAGCGACCUACGCAAGCACGAACGCACUCACCCUGUGCCCAUCGGGACCCCCACACCCCUUGAGCCCCUUGUGGCUUUGCUAGGAAUGCCUGAAGAAGGGCCAGCCUGAGGCCCAUGCCCCUUCCUCUGAAAUCCCAGGAGCUCAGCCCCCAUCAGGCGCUUCCUGGACCUCCCUUUGCCCCAGCUUACUCUUUAGACUCCGGAUCCCUGCCCCCCAGGUAGCCAGCUUACCUUCCCAACAAAGAAGCCUGGGGACAGUGGAGGCUGGUACCCACUGUUGAGAGACAUGGCUCUGUGAGUAACUCAUUAAAGCAUUCACUUUG